AUGGAGGAAGCAAAGACUCGGAACCUGUACGCCGACCUGGGCCUCACCGACAACUGGGCCUCCCUGGGUGAGAUUGACCUCGCCCAUAUGGAGCUCACGAGCAAGCUCGACCCGGAGGUCAACCCGGCGGCGGGCCCCACCGACGCUGCUGAGCUCUCAAAGGUCAAGAGCGCCUACGAGAUCCUGCGCGACCCUCAGAAGCGUGCCGAGUACAACCGCACCCGCAACGACCUCACCAGGCACAAGAGGCCGAGCGCACUCUGGCGGAAGCACAAGGCCGGUUGGAAGUCGCCCCUCGACCAGGUGCUGCGGGUGGCGCGGAUGCAGCUGGUGUCAAGGGCGUGGCAAAAGGCACAGACAAGACGGCUCCCGAGAAACGCGCAGCUGCGGGCCCAGGCACAGCUGCGAGCCCACGCCAACCACCUCGACCUGUUCCACGCGCUGUCGAAGUCGCACGGAGGUGCGGUUGCACUCCGACACGUCGGGCUGGGACCGGUUGAGGAGCUGCCACAGUACUGGGCAGUCUUUGACCCGGCGUACGAGCUCGGAAAGACGAUGAGGGAGGCGAAGCGUCAACAGACACGGAAGGAGGCGAUAGAGACGGCAUGGGCGGAACUAUCCAGGAUCUAG